UUAGAAUUCAAAUGGACAGAUACAAGAUUAUUAAAACCAUAGGAGACGGUGCUUACGGAAGCGUAGUCAAGGCAACUAACAAGAAAACCCAAGAAGUAGUCGCAAUUAAAUAAAAUGAAGAAAAAGUUUUAUAGUUGGGAGGAAUGCAUGGCCCUCAGAGAGAUCAAAUCUCUUAGGAAACUCAAUCAUAAAAAUAUAGUCAAACUCAAGGAAGUCAUCAGAGCUAAUGAUGAUCUCUACUUUGUGUUCGAGUAUCUUGACCAGAAUGUUUAUCAAAUGAUUAAAGAUAGGACUACUGACCUUCCAGAAGAGCAAGUCAGAAGCGUUAUUUACCAAACCCUUGAAGGACUUGCUUAUAUGCACAAGCAUGGAUUUUUCCAUAGAGAUUUAAAACCUGAGAAUUUAUUGGCUACAGGAGAGAUUGUUAAAAUCGCUGAUUUUGGGCUUGCUAGAGAGAUAAGGUCUAGACCUCCAUUUACCGAUUAUGUGUCGACUAGAUGGUACAGAGCACCAGAAAUUUUAUUGAGAUCAACAUCUUACAAUUCUCCUAUUGAUAUUUUUGCGAUGGGCGCAAUCAUGGCCGAAUUAUACAUGCUACGCCCAUUAUUCCCUGGACAAAAUGAGACAGAUCAAAUUUAUAAAACUUGUGCUGUGUUGGGUAGUCCCAGCAAGACAGAUUGGCCUGAAGGGUUUAAACUGGCAUCUCAGAUAGGAUUUAGCUUCCCCAAGUUUGUUUCAACAUCACUCAAAACUAUUAUUCCCAAUGCAUCUGAUGAAGCUAUUGAUCUGAUGGAAAAAAUGAUGGAAUUUGAUCCUCAUAAAAGACCUACUGCAUCAGAGUGAAUGGAGCAUGAAUUCUUCAAAGACUUUGUCCCUCCAGUGCAAAGUUCAGUUUAUGGAAAAUCAAACAAAAGUUUCUUUAAUAAAUCAAAUGAAAUUAAUUCAUCAGUAAGGAAGCCGAGUGCUGUUUCUAAGAGACUUGAGAGUAGAAAAUCAAAGCUUGGCUCUAGGGAUAUCAAUAAAGAUAGCUUCUACAGAAAUAAGGGCCAAGCUCCAGGGAAACUCCCUACGAAAUCUCCAGUCAAUAGCUACUUUAAUAAAAUCCCUCAAGGAGGCCUAGGCGGAUAUGGCGGGGGAGGAAUCGGCUCUUAUAUAAGGAAUAAAGGCACUGGAAAUAAAAUAGAUAGUGCCCAUAACCCGAAGUCUGGCUCAAAGAUAGGAAAGCCUGACAGUGGAGCAGGAAGUAUUCUAAACAAAUAUUAUCGGAACAACCAAGGAAUGUCAGGCGCACAAAAUUAUGCACCUGGAGGACUUUCAAAGCCUGGAGGACUUUCAAAACCAGGAGGAGUUUCUAAUGCUUAUGGAAUGUACAACAACGCAAGCGGAGGAGGUUUAAAUAACUAUUCCAAUCCAUCUAGAAAGGAUAGCUCUUCUAAAGCAGUCAAGCCACCUUCAUACGGUGGUUAUAACAAUGCAGGAGGUGGCAUGUCAAAAUAUUUAGCACAAAGAAAUGGAGAACAAGAUCCUAGCUCAGGAGCCAGUAUUGGAUCUAGAAGAAAUCUAGGAUCAGGACUAGGAUCAAAAGGAAGUAAUAGAAGUAACAUUCCUUCUGGGGGAGGCCUUUCUGGCUAUGGAGGAAGAAGCAGAGUUCAAAACUCUGAUCAAGAAUUACCAACCCUCAACAAAUUUUCCAAACCAGGAGGUCUUAGUGGCCUUAAUAAAGCAGGUGGUCUCUCCAAAGGAGGCUUAGGAAUCCUUGGAGGCGGUGGACUUGGCAAAGGAGGAGGAUUAGGAAGGCACAAUCUAUAA